CUGCAACCAAUCAAAAAAAUCAAAGAUAUUUCUAUUAAAGGCUUGAAGCCACCACAAUCUCAAAAGGGCAUAUCCGUCAUCUCUCCUUCCUUUCUAUAAAUAGCACAUUUCCUCCCUUUCUCCCCCAAUCGUAUUCAUAAUUCAUAUGGUCCGUUCACCGAUUGACGUCAUCAUCGUCGGCUUCUGAUAAAAUUUCAUGGCCGGCACGUGCUCACCGGUCAAGCCUCACUUUAUUUCAUCAUCAAAGACGACGUCGUAUUCCCCUGUUGAGAAUUCCCGGAGUUCAUUAUCUCGAGCUGGAGCUCGGUGUUCCGUCGUGCGCUACUCUUCCCUUCGGAGCUCCGUCGAGGACUUCCGGCCGCUGCCGCCAGUCGAGGGCCCUUCGUGCAUAUUCGUGGGUCCCAUAGAGAGUGCUAGCAAAGAAACUCUUGAGGCUCUGUAUCGUCAGGCUCGGGAUUCAUACUAUAAUGGAAGGCCUUUGAUUGUGGAUGACAUGUUUGAUAGAGUGGAGCUGAGGUUACGGCGUUAUGGUUCCAAGUACGUAGUCAAGUACCCGCGUUGUAGUCUCCGGCGCCAAUCAACUUAUUCUGAUGCUGAGGAAGAUCCUUCACAGGUGUUUGCAUUGGCUAGCGUAUGGCUUUUGAUUCUGGGUUUUGGGGGUUUAGUUUUUCUCGUGCCUGUGAUCUACUCUCUCGGUCAUGCAUACAACGAUGCGUUUCUCUCUGGAAAUACAUCAACCAGUCAAGCUUCCAUGCUACAUUUUCUUACCGUACUCAAUGGUUUCCUCUACAUGCUUUUGGGGUCUGUAAUUGGAUAUCCCAUUGCUUCAGCAUCAGUUGGAGCACUGCAAGGGAUUAUGAAGAAUGAUGUAGUAGCGCUAAAAGGGGCCUGUCCUAAUUGUGGUGAGGAGGUCAGUUUCAAUGGAAUAUUCUAAUGCUUUAUACAUUUCACCUGGAAUUAUUUCUUUUAUCAGCUAUAGCAAUGGAUUUUCAGUUUUUCACCCAUGUAUGUUCAUUUUAUAGCUGUAAGUUCUCGACAUAUGUACAGGUGUUUGCAUUUGUAAGUUCUGAUCAGUCGAAGCUGACCCGCCAGAAAGCCGAGUGUCAUGUAUGUGAGAGCUUCAUAGAAUUCCGAACUCGAUGUGAGGUAUUGAGUCUAUUGACAGCAUAAUGAUGUGCUGUGUUUAUGUCAUCUUCAAUGAUGUUAGUAAGUUGACAAGAGAUUUGAUUCUGCAGAAACUAAGCAAAUUUGUUCAUUUGUGCAGCAAUCCAUCUCAAGAGAAGGUAGAAAGUGGGUGUAUGGUCGUGUUUACUUGAUACGAUCAAGGGGUAGACUCAAAAGAUUGGCUUAAAUAUGCAGCAAAGCAGGGUAUAAAGUUAUAAUUUUGUAACAGAUUUUUACAAUUGGUUUAGGAUCAAAUUUUUAUCCUCUGUUGGCAGUCGGGCUACCGGAGGACUGGAGACAGUUUUCUUCAUAUUUCCCCAAAUAUGAUUAGUCUUUUGUUAAGUAUUGAUAUUAGUCAGUUGAAAUUAAAUGAACCCUAUUGCACCAUCUAUCACAUGUAGCAGUGCGAGUGGGUUUCUUUCUGAUGUUGUUUGCCAGAACCUGUUAUAGUUGUUCAUUUAAGAAACAACCAGUUUUGACACUAUACUUAAAAAUGCUGACUCGUUCAUCUGAAACUUAUGAAGAACUUGCAGAACAUGAGAGGGACGAUUGGAUAUUGCAAAGGAAAGGCCAGUACUCCCUGGUUAAAACCUUCUUAUACACAUAUUCUACCUUGAAGUACAUGUAAUUAGCAAGCAAAGUAAUGGACAUGCAUAGAAAAUUUCUGCUUCCUGAAAGUGAAAAACAAAAAAAAUGAAGGAAAUAUUUAUUGGGGGUGCAAAGCACAUUUUACUAAGGCAGUGCAGAAAAAUGCCCUACUAAAAAUGUCAUUAAAAGUAUUUUCGGGACUAAAAGCUAGUCAGUGAAUCUCAUGCCUAAAUAUCAAAUAAUACAUGCGACAAAAUCGCAACGAUGCGAUCAAUGAUCUUGUUCUUCAGUUUCGUUGUCCGCUUUGGGCAACAGAAAUAAUGAAUUGUACAUCUGCCACUAGUAUCUCAACGAUCAUAUCCUCAGUGUGGAAGGAGAUGUCGCAGCAGCUCAAAUGCCGGCGAUCAGAAGUGUGCUAAACUGUAGACAAGAAUCCAUGCCAACUGAAAACACAAAACCAGAGUUAGUAAAUAGAUGAAAUAGUUAUGCCAUCCCAGUAAACUUAACAGAAUAGAAAAUGUGAUGGGAAAAGGAAGCAGAAUACCAGAAAAAGCGUGAAAGAAGCGAAAAGCCCCUCCUGGAGAAGAGCUCCAUGCCCACCAUAUUCUUCUUCAUCGACCUUUAGUAUCAUUGAAUAGUAACCAUAUAUUACCCCAGAGGAUAACACAAGGAACCUGGGGGAAAACCAUGUUAGAAACACGAGAUUUUUGCUCUGGUGAUCGAAGCAGGUCAGUAUUGCAGAGAAGGAUGGUAGAGUGUGUCUAGAUGCUUUUCUCAAUUAUAUUAUUGUCGAUAUUUCAUCCAGAAAUGAGCAAAAAUCUCAAAUGAGAAUCCUUAAACAUGCAUUUCAUGAGAGACUCGAAUGGAUUUCAAUCAUUCUCAGAGAAGUUAACUAAUAUCCAAAUGUUAUAAUUGAAAUUGAUAGGGAGUAGAAACGAUAAUUCGUGAAAAGAUACAACUUUUCAGUAAUCUUUUCUUCUCCGAGUAAGCAAAGAACCCUGCCAACUAAUUGCAAAGAGGAAGAAGCAAAUCCUGGGAUAAGGAUGAAGCUAACAUUUUGGCAACCCAAUUCAAAUCAUCAUUCCACAAGAUAAUUGAAAGAACAGAAGCCAGAAAGUUCGACUAUUUAAGCAUUGCAACAAACUCAGCCCUCGUAACAUGGACGAUUCUGACAAUCAACAACAAAUGCACAAACAUUCUGACAAAAUGGAUUUCAACCAUAAAUAAAAAAAAGUAGUGACAAAUAAGAUAACUUACAGAAUUAUCCAAAUGCCUCCAACCAAAGGAAUGGCACCCCAUAAUAGUCCGCAUAAAAGACCUACCACCUGCCGGAUCCAGUGUAGUACAUCACCUAGUUGAUCCUAUAACACACAACAAAAGUAAUGUCCGUGAUAUGUAAGGGAAAGGUGAUACAUAAUGGUAUAACCCACAACAUAAGAAAUCCCCAUGAUUCAACAACUCCGAGCCUACGGGGAUAUGCAUGAAGAAUAAACAAGAGCAUCUUGUAUUGAAGAAUCAUCACAACCCAAUGGUCUUAGAAAAUUAGCUUCAUACAUGACCAAGCUGAGUGAGCACCAAUUUUAAAUUUUCAACAAAACAGAAGCAGAAAAUGUUACAGCUACCAUAAGUAGCAAACCCUUUAUUGUUUUAAAAGUCUGUCCAAUGAUCCGAUUGUCUUCUAAAGCCCUUUAAGACAGGGAAGUUAUGAUGAGCAACCCAACUUCAUCAUUGAGAAACGGAAACUUAUUAUCUCAAUAACCUUUAAAUUUACUGAAAAAAGAUAACCUAUACGCCAAUAGGACAAGCUUAUACUGUUAGCAAAUGCCUACUACUAACUCUAAUUAAAUUAUAGUCUAACAUACUAACUGAGCUGACCCAUCUUUAUUACCUAAACUCGUAUCUUCACUUCCACAGCCACAAAAGAACUGCAAAUUCAAAAGGCCAACACCUUCAAGCCGUAACCAAUUAAUCAUAAAGUCCAGUGUUCCGAGCAUUCUAACUAGAAAAAGUUAACUCCUUUUCCUCAAAUUCACCUAAACAUCAACUAAUAACAAGUCACGCCUUUGAUCACAAAUAGUAUGAAAUCAGUAAGUCCUUUGACCACUUAUCCUAUCCAGCCAAUCUAAUCAAAUCACACAAAACAUGGGCAUCCACAUUAAUCCUAUCUAAACCUUUUACUUUCCGUAGAAUCAUCUUAUCUAAUUCAGCGCUAAAAGGAUUAAACAAACCCCAAAAGCUAAAAAAAACAAAAACCAAUAAAUAAAUUCUCAGUGAGCUUUAAACAACAAAUCACAAUAACAGUAAGCUCAGUCAGGGGGGUAAUUAAGCUAAAGAAGUACAGUAGAAAACAAACCUUGUCCCAAGAAGCAUCGGCAUCGAACAACUUAGCGAGUUUAAACGGAGACAAGUGCCCAUUCUGGUGAUUGUCUUGGGUGAGAUGAUUAUUAUUACUGUUAACCUUGCUCGAUUUUCUCUCUUUCAUGGUUAAACAAACCAAAAAGGAAAAGAAAAAAAAAAAACCCCACCAAAAAUAGAAGGGGGAUGAGAGAGUAAAAUUGAAAUCCCAAAAAAGGGUAGUCUGAGAUCGGGAGAAGAAGAUGGAUGGUGGGUCGUGGGUGGGGGGAACCGGGAACGUGAUGAAAAGCGGAUCCAAGAUUCUGAAUUACAGAAUUAACAAGUUACUUUUAGCAAUUAUAUUAUUAUAUAUCACUGGUGUUUUCACUAGUGUCCCUGUAGGAAUAGGACUUUGAUUAAGGAAAAAAAAAAAGAAAGAAAGAAAGAGAAGGAUUAGGAUUAAAUUAAUGGGAAAAGCCUGCAGAUCUAUAGAGUGUGGUGUUUGUGAAGGUCGGACGAUGACGACGAUAAUUGAAAAGCUGUUUCGUCUGAAUUAUUGCAUGUGAUGAUGAUGACAAGGUUAAAUGAGAGUGUUUAGUGCCCAUGUUCUUUUAGUUUAACUAACUCGUAUAUACUACAACUAAGAGUUAUUACAAAAAUAUAUAUUUUCAUAAUAUUUU